GGGAUCUCCUUAAAUGCCUCCUGAUCAGCCACUGGGUCAGUAGUGACAGCCAUAGUGUAGGUCUAGGCUAGUGACCAUAGCUGACAGGGUUCUAUACGAACCCUGUGGUCCUUAGAGAGUCAGUCAGUCAGUGGUUUGGGUAGGUCUACGUGGUGAGGAGUGGGGCAUCGCCGUGCACCUGAACACCAUGGACGACAACCCCACGCAUGGGUUACUUGUGGGGUUCUCCCUUUGGGGGACCCUCUGGCGUCUCCUGUUUCCCCUAGGGUUCUGGCACACGUUCACGUGUAGAGUAGAGACCCGGGGUGGCGGGACAACUAACCCCUAUACGAAGGAAGAGGAUGAGAAGAUGACCGCCAUAUUGAAGGAGAGAAAAGAGAAGAAAGAGGCCAAGAGAAGGGCCUUGAUGGAGGAGCAGGCGGCGAAACUGAAGAAGAUAGAGGAGGAGAUGGCCAGAGAAAAGGAAAGGUUGAAGAAAGAGGAGGAGGCGAAACUGAAGGAGGUAGAAGAGGAGGAAGAAGAUGAUCAGCCACUGGAAAGGAGGAGGUGGCAACGGGGGCAGACCAGUGAAGUCAGGGAGGAUGAAAUGGAAAAGAGGAUCUCGGAAUGGGUUGCCAACUUGUCUUUGGGAGAAGAGGAGGAGGUUGCAAUGUAUAUCCCCAAGGACGAGCAAGAAGCCGCCAUUAAAGCAUGGGAUGUAGAAGAAGACCCUCUGAAGCGGCAGACGAUGGAAGAUGAGACGAGGAUGGAGUGGAAGCUUAGAAUGAUGAGGGAAAAGAAGAGGAGAGUGGACGCGGCGAGUGAGGCGGCCAAAGAAUUAGAAGCGGUAAAGAACAUGAAAGAACAGUUGACCGCCCAGGUGGAUCUCCAACGAAAGGUGGAGAUCAUCGCCCAAAACGUUGAGCGUUUGGCGCGAGUUCAGGAGGAACAGUACGCGUUUAGUCGGAGUCAGGAUAUGGUCGUGUGCUCGAUGCAGAUGGGAUUUCGGGACUUCGCCCGCGAGUUGGUAGGCGCUGUAGGAGCUGAGGUGAAGCAUCGCCUCGAGAAAACAGAACGCUUCUGUGUCGGCGCCAUUGAAGGCGUUAAACUGGCAGCCCCCAAGGAAGAGGAAGCAUGUCCGCGCAGGGAGCCAGUCAAAGUCAAAUUUCCUGAUUCCUGCAGUGGGGAAAAGGAAGAGAACUUUGAUAAUUGGGAGGCUAACGUUAAGACGUACGUGCACGUGCAGAAGGUGUCUCCCGAUGAGCAGGUCCUCAUCGCUAUCCAUGCGCUGAAAGAAGAAGCCGCCAGUUUUGCACGCUCCUUAGUUCGCGCUGCUAAUUGCAGCGACGACGUGGUUGCCUACUCUGCUUUCACCCCCCUCGCUGAUUUUCUGAAGUUGCUGCGCGAACGAGUUGCAGAUGUUUCGCGCAGCGUCAGGGCCUUUGAUCGAUUGCAAACCAUUCACUCUCGUAAGUGGAGGAGUGCCAAGGCACUCAAGGGAGUAAUGGAUGAGUUAGUGGCUACUCCUGACCAUGGGGUCACAGAGACCCAAUUGGUUGACCUCUUCUACCGGGCUAUGCCUGAGUCGUUGCGUGGGCACUUCUUUGAGAAGAGCCAGCAACCCACCAUGACCUACGACGCGUUGAGCAGGGAAGUGGUGGCAUUUGAAGCAAAGUCUGCGUCAGUUUCCACUUUCUGGCACAAAGACUUGGAUAGGGGGAAAAAGUGGAAAGGUCGCACUAUCUCAGGGCAAGUGAAGACAAAGGAUAGCCUGAUCCUUGCUUUAGACGAGGGUAGUGUCGACGAGGUCCCAUACGACCAGAUAGAGUGGGGGCUAGAGGACGUGGACAGCAGCGCGAGUCAAGGGAGAACUUACGCUACUGUCGCGGCCGGAGGGAGGCCGCAAGAAGGAGGACGAGGCCAGGGCCAAGGGGGCCGGGCCUCAGGGAACCGUUCUCAGGGCGAUCAGGGGGUUGGCGGCAGAGGAGGAAAUCGCCAAGCAGGAGGAAGGGGUCAAGGUCCCCCGCAAAACCGGUUUGGGAAUAGGUCCCCUUAUAGGAGAAGUGGUUGGCACCCAGGGCUGCCACAAGGCAGGCCUUGGGAAGAUCUGGGCCUGGACCAGCGCAUAUGGCAACAGCGUGUGGGGAGUCGCUUGGUCAAUGCAAAUGGCAAGUUGACAAGUGGAAUAUACAGCGCACAAAUUGCCAACAUGAUAGCCAGACACCGAUCAGCAGUUUCAGAGCCAGCCGCAAAAAGACGCUUUUGGGCUGGCUCAGCACCCAUGGCAAAAUCUCUUGUGGAUGAAGUCAAAGUCCCGACUACAGUGAACAAAGUGAAGCUCCUGAUUGGAGGGAACUUCAUCGACUCUGAGAGUGGAGAAUGGAUUAACGUUGUGAACCCUGCAACUCGAGAGGUCGCCUCACAUGUACCGGUCACAACAAGUAUGGAGUUUGAGUCUGCCGUCACCACUGCAAAAGAGAGCUUCUCAAGCUGGAAGGACACGCCGGUUACGGCCCGAGCUCGGGUCAUGUUCAAGUUCCAGGAGCUAAUCCAGAAAAACAUGGACAAGUUGGCAGAGAACGUGACCCUUGAGCAAGGCAAGACCUUGCCAGAUGCAAGAGGGGAAGUGUUUCGUGGUUUAGAGGUUGUUCAACAGGCUUGUGGGAUGGCCAGCUAUCAGAUGGGUGAAAUGGUAGAGAAUGUCUCCACAGGCAUGGAUACAUACAGCAUUCGUCAGCCUUUGGGAGUUUGUGCUGGGAUUUGCCCAUUCAACUUCCCUGCAAUGAUACCACUUUGGAUGUUCCCCGUGGCAGUCACUUGUGGCAAUACCUUCAUUCUAAAGCCGUCAGAGAAAGUUCCCGGUGCAGCAAUGAUGCUAGGAGAUUUGGCAAUGGAGGCAGGGCUGCCUCCUGGUGUGCUAAAUAUUGUCCAUGGGACGAAGGAUGUUGUCGACAUGAUUUGUGAUCAUCCUGACAUCAAGGCGGUCUCCUUCGUUGGUUCGGAUGUGGUUGGUCGUCAUAUCUACUCUCGGGCUUCAAAGUCAGGGAAAAGAGUGCAGUGCAACAUGGGCGCGAAGAACCAUGCUGUUGUGAUGCCAGAUGCAAACCCGGAGACUACGAUGAAUGCGUUGGUUGGUGCGGCUUUUGGAGCGGCUGGACAGAGGUGCAUGGCAAUCAGUACUGCAGUCUGUGUUGGUGGGUCGUCUCGCUGGGAGAGAGGGCUCGCAGACCGCGCUCGGACACUGAAUGUAAACUGUGGAACAAAAGAUGGUGCAGACAUUGGACCUGUCAUCAGUGAGCAAGCGAAGGAGCGGAUAUGCAGCCUCAUCGAGAGUGGUAUUGAUGAUGGAGCAAAAGUUAUCAUCGAUGGUCGAAACAUCAAGGUGCCAGGCUAUGAAGCUGGGAACUUUAUCGGUCCAACAAUUCUUGCGGAUGUGACUCCAGACAUGAAAUGUUACAAGGAGGAAAUUUUCGGUCCAGUUCUGCUACUUAUGAAGGCGGACAGCCUGGAUGAUGCACUCGCUAUUGUAAAUCGUAACAGGUAGGCUUCCUUUUUUUUUUUUUUUUUUUUUUGUGCACCUGUUGACUUUUUUUUUUUUUUUUUUUGGCAAAACAAGCUCCAAUCUAUUCGGGGGGAGCAGCACGUGCUGAUAGGCUGAGAAGCCACCAGUGA